CACACGGCUCCGGCUGCCCGCUCGCUCGCGCGGACUCCCUGUGGCCGGGGCGCUCUUCUCUCAGCUCCCCACCAGCCCUCGGGCUGCGAAACCGCCGGGAAGCCCGGGACACAGGCAGGGCGACUGCUGCCGCUGCCGAGCGAGGGGAGAGCAGCGGCCGGUGUCCGGGUCUCCUUCGCCUCCUGCGGGAUCGCCAGGCGCGCCCCCGGGGAUUCCUCUCCUCGCUUUACAUGCUGCCCCCCGGCUCUGGAUUCAUAGACAACUCCCCCCUGCGUAUUCCCCACCCUCCUCCCAGGGACUGCCCGGCGGAGGGCCGCCUCUCCUCCGCCUGACCCAGCCGUGUGCAUCGGUCUCUUCCCAUCCCCUCCUGGGGGCGCCCGGACGGACCUGGAGCCCCCCGAGCCCUGAAGCGCUAGCGGAGCCCGGGCGAGUGGGGGCCCCCAGGCUAGCUCAUCACCUGGGGAGCCGCUCCUCGCUCUGCUUCUGCUGCGUGCUGGGAUUUGUUGUGCUUUACUUUGGGGUCUGUCGGCUCGCUCUGAUCUGAGCCGAUUCCGAGAAGCAGCCUCAGGUUAUGAAUUCUCCGCCGCGGUUCUUUCCGCACAUGAACACAACAAAAGUUGCCAGUUAAAGGAAAAGUGACCAGUGCAGAGGACGACAUGAUCACCAUGAAGGGAAAUGGUCUGGUUGCAUUGCUGGUUGCAGGUUUGGGAGUCAUAGGAAUCUUAGUGUCUGCAGCUACAGAAGAUUCCCAAUGCUAUCGAGCUGAGCACCCUGUUAUAAUGUAUAAAGAAAUUGCUCCCUGGUUACAUGUGUUCAGAGCAGAGAAUGCUGUGGACUUCUCACAAUUAACAUUUGACCCAGGACAAAAAGAACUUAUUGCUGGAGCAAGAAACUACCUCUUCAGGUUACAUCUUGAAGAUCUAUCUUUAAUCCAG